AUGGAAGCAGAAGAUCGAGAUGACAUGCGGCAAUCGUUGGUAGCUGGGACGACGCGGAGCUCUGACAACAUUAGUAGCGGGUUCGUCAGGAGGGCGAGCGGCAGCGGAAGCACUGGCUUCCCCGGCGGUGCUGCCGGCUUUGUCGUGCCGGCUUCGAUGGGAAAAGAGUACAUGCGGAAGCUGGCCACUCGCAACCUGGUCAUCACCCUCACGUGCACCAGCUGCCUGCUGAUGCUCUACGGGUAUGACUUCGGCAUCACGGCCUGGUCGGUGCUGAUGAUCAAGACCAGGGGUGCGGAAGACGUGUCGGACAUCUACACCUACUUGGCGGCUCACGGGGAAGCCUUGGGGAUCCUGGUAGCCUGCGCGCCGAUCGGGGGUUUCAUCGAGGGGCUCAUAGGCACCAAGAUUGCCAGUAAAAGGGGGGGACGAAAAGCAGAAAUCCGAUUGGUCAAUCUCCUCUGCAUCUUCGGAGCUACGUUGGAGGGAAUUUCCGGGAUUACGGCAUGGGAAAACCUGAAGGGGGUAUUCUUGUUCGCCUUCGGCAGAGAGACAGUGACGGGUCCGUUCCGGAACGCCGCUACGGUGUCUGUUAAACUCUCCAUGGUGAUCGGGGUGAUCAUCUCGUAUGUCUUGGGGGGCCUUCUCUCCGGCAAUCCCACGAUCGCAUACUUCGGGGUGUGGAUCCUAGCCGGAACGUCUUUGGCUUGCCUGCAGCAGAUGCCGGAGUCGCCUAUGUACAUGCUCCUCCACGAGGAACAAUUCCACAGGGGGCAGAUCCUCGAUGCCUUAAGGUUCACCAGCCCGGCGGCCACCGAGGCUGACUUGGUGUCCCUUCAGAAGGAGAUCUUGACGGAGGUGCUGGCGUACACCCCUGGACACCCCUCCUUCGCCGGGGGGGUACCUGGUAGCAGCGGCGACGCCUCUUGCGACGGUGCCCCCGCUGUCCCAACGGUUCGCGCGGAGACCGGCACGGCCACGACUACUCCGACAACGGCAGCACCAGGGGCUUUCUCCGGCAACGGUGUCGGGGAGGGGACAGGGGACGUCACCUCGAGUUCCACAACCGGAGGCGGGGAAGGGGACGCGGGGUAUGAUCCCCUCGACAACUCGGAGAAGAGGGGAGCCGUGGCCAUGUCGGUCAAGAACCUGCCCUCCCUUACCAAGGCCCGUGGCAUGCGCGCCGCGUUGGUGCUGACCGCUGGUCUGAUGGUGUUCGAGCAAGCGUCUGGCAUGGCUGCCAUUUUGUACUACGGAGGGGUGUUUUUGGCGGACAUCUCCGUGAUCUCCGUAGACUGGGGCCUUGCCAUCCUCGGUGUCCUGCAGCUAGUAAUGGCCGUGGCGGUCAUGUACGCCCUCAAUCCCAUCGGGCGGAAGCCGCUCUUAUAUUACGGGCUAGCGGGUUUGAUGGCGAGCUCGCUGAUGCUGGUGAUUGGAGGCGUGUUGGGGAUGGCAGAUGACGGUCGAUGGUGGGCUUUGAUUGGCCUCUACGCCUUCACGGCGUCUUACAGCACCAGCCUGGGGGCUUUGGUGUGGGUCUUGGUAUCAGAGGUAUUCCCGACCUGCCACCGAGCUCAGGCGAUCUCAAUCGUGGCGAUGGCGCACUUCGGCACUUCGGCUAUCGUUGUGGUUUUGCUGCCGCUUGUGCAAGACAUCGGAGGCUACGCGGCCAUGUUCAUGUGCUUCUUCGUGGUGUCCAUUUUCGCCAACAUCUUCGCCCACCGCUACAUGGUGGAGACAAGAGGCUUGACGUUGGUCGAGAUACAGAACGCCCUGACGCUAAAGGCAGCGGGGUUGACGGCACCUCCGGAAACAAUGGAUUCUGCUAGCGUUUGAUCACGAUCCGUUCGUUUACCGCUUACGGUAAUAGCACGCCUGGUUGGUUUAGGGGCGAUGGAGGCCUAGCCUCUCGAUGCUUCAGUCAGUCAACACCAGCAGGGCUUUCGUGUCGUGGCGAUGUCCUUGGUGCUUUGUUGGUAGAGACUUUCGUACGGGAAUGAAUGAUGGAAACGCAUGGGUUGGUAUGGUCCGCCUCAUCGAUGGUGUGGAGAGAUCGAGCUACAUAAACAACAAUUGGUGCGAGGAAUCUGAGUGUAUCAAGUGCUUGUGUGGUGCUCUGAAGUAAGUGAUGUUGGCCGUAGCUCUUCUGUUGCCAUCUGUGUGUGUGUGUUGUGUGUGUGAUUUAUGCUUAGGGUGGACCCCAAAGAAUUGCCGUCCAGCACAUUGCACUUGAUAUAGUACAGAGUCAGUAUGACAUGACAUGAUGUGUCAUGACAUGUCUGUCAAGUACACUGCACCAUAAUACAGCAGUACAGAGCCAGUAUGGCAUGACAUGAUCUGUCACGGCAUGAUAUGACGAGAAACAACUUAUGUUUGGGAGCUGCGAACCCCUCUUGAGGUAACACCAUACAUGCGUAUCUGUCUUCGACUUGGGAGGUAAACAUGUUGUCUUGGUUGUCUUGUCUACGUACGCCUCGGAAUGACCACGUUUUUCUUACAAGUGCUGCUGUUACGUAAGGCAAGGAGACAGCGAGGGUACAGCAGUGUUCUGUAACGAUACGGUACAGAGGGAAAACGUUAACUAGCGGUGGUUCAAUCAAGAUGCUUGGUGAACCAAAGGUUUUGUCGAAGGUGGGGUAGUGUGAAGUUGGGAGGAGAAAACGAUCAUUGUUGUUACUAUGCGUACUCCUUCCUACUGCCACGUAGAUGUGGCGAGUCACCCCGGUGGAAUUCAUUUAAUUUCCGUGCUGUGCGACAUCAAUACAUGCGUGCUGCGGCGCGAACGAACGUCGAAAAAGUCGUUGGAUGGUGUAGUGUUGCUUUCUCUUGUCUCGCGUGUGGUCAGUGGUUUGCGUGGCGACACGUUUCGGUGCUUGAAUUGAACGAACGGCCAGAGCCAGCUUCUCUCUUAGCAUUAACAUCUACAGUACUUGUUAUUAUUGGGGAAAUUCCCUGUUUUUGUCUGUCAUUCACCAGCUUGUUUCUGAAUUGAAUGGCGGGUCGGUGUCUGUGCUGCUGAACCCCUCUCUUUUCCUCCGUGUUUUUCGCGAAUAUAGUUUAAUUGGUUUUGUUGCAUGUCUUGCUUACAGGACGCUGUGUCGCUUGGAGGAGGAAGUGCAUAUUUGUUUGUGGUUUUGUUUGUUUUGUAUCUGCGCGUCGGUGUGUCCCGUUUGGUUUCCUACGUAGUUGGAUGGACAGCGCUAACCAGCUAG